AUGGCGGAUAAGCCACCGCAGAUCGCCAUACUUGGUGCCGGCAUCUUUGUUCGAAGUACUUACAUUCCCCGGCUGGCUGAACUAUCCGGCCUAUUCGUUCUCAGAGCCAUUUGGAGCCGCACCCAGGAAUCAGCCAGAGGUGCUGCUGAGAUUGCUAAGAAGUUUUUCCAGGAUGUCGAAUGUAAGUGGGGAGAGGAAGGACUUGACGAGAUUAUUCGAGAUGCUUCCAUUACUGGUGUGGUCGUGGCCCUUGCCGGCCAGACGCAGGUUGAUAUGUCACUGAGGUUGCUGAAGGGAGGAAAACAUGUCCUUCAAGCUGGUAGUGAACUCGAAAAAGCAAUCUCGGGCUACAACUCUCUCAAGCCAGCACCAAUUUGGGCAGUGGCUGAAAACUAUCGGUUUGAACCCGCUUUUGUGGAGGGCAGAAAACGGAUGUCUGAAAUUGGAGAUAUUAUUAAUAUACAUGUGAUUAUUGAAGGAUCAAUGAACAGCUCAAAUCCAUACUAUUCAACUUCAUGGAGGCAUUCCUUAACUCUGGCUGGAUGUGAAAUAACUUCAGUGUCAGCUGUUACGUCUCACAUUGACUCAACUUUGCCUCCACCUGAUCACAUCUCCUCAACAAUUCAACUGGAAAACGGGAGUUCAGGAGUUUUCGUGAUGGUGGUAUCCUCUAAAUCUCCAAAGAUUCUGUGGAGAGUUGUGGGCUUGAAGGGGACACUACAAGUUGAGCGAGGAAGUAAAGAUGGGAAGCACGGAUACACGGUGGUUCACUUUACGGCUGAUGGACAAAGCAAAAGCUGGUUUUAUCCUUUCAGUGGUGUGACUGAGGAGCUUAAAGCCUUUCUUUCAGAUAUAUCACCGGCAACCAUUAAGAAUGAUGGCAGCUUUCAAGUCGAGCCCCGGCUUGCUUUUCUUGAAGGCGCUCGAGAUGUUGCUGUUCUGGCUGCAAUGCUCGAAUCUGGUGAGAAGCAAGGUGUACCGGUCCAAGACCUCCCAGCCCGAGAUGUCAGGGGAUCGUGCAGCCCUUACGUUGAAGUUCGACUCGGCAACUACCGGGGCAUCACGAAACACUUCGAGAAAAGACACGACCCGGAAUGGAACCUCGUUUUUGCCUUCCCCCACAACCAGCUCCAAGCUUCCUUUUUCGAGAUUGUCGUCAAGGACAAGGACCUCGUCCUGGACGACUUCCUUGGGAGGGUAACGUUCGACCUGGCCGACGUCCCGAGGCGGGUCCCGCCCGACAGCGAGCUGGCCCCCCAGUGGUACAAGCUGGAGGACAAGAAAGGUGGAUGUUUGAAAAAAGGCGAGGUCAUGGUGGCCGUGUGGCGGGGCACGCAGGCCGACGAGGCCUUUGCCAACGCGUGGCACUCGGAUGCGGCCGCUGUUGGGGGAGACGCCGUCUCGAAGAUUCGCGGAAAAGUUUACAUUUCCCCUCGGCUUUGGUAUCUAAGAGUCAACGUGAUUCAGUGCCAGGAUUUGAUCCCAGGGGAUAAAAACCGAGCACCUGAGGCGUGCGUGCGGGUUGUCCUCGGAAAUCAGGUGUUGCGGACAAAGGUGUCGUCGGUUAAGAGUGUGAACCCAUUCUGGAACGAGGAUCUGGUGUUUGUGGCUGCCGAGCCAUUCGAGGAGCCGCUAGUUGUUGCUGUUGAGGAUAGGGUGGCCCCCGGAAAGGACGAGGCCCUCGGACAGUGCAUGCUGCCGCUCGCUGCUGUGGCCAGGCGGCUUGACGACAAGCCUGUCCCUGCCAGGUGGCACAACCUGGAGAAGCAUGCGGGUCCCGAGAGCCAGAACAGGAAGGAGACAAAAUUUUCGAGCAAGAUCCUGCUGAGGGUGAGCCUGGACGGCGGUUACCAUGUCCUGGACGAGUCGACUCACUACAGCAGCGACUACCGUCCGAGCUCGAGGAUGCUCUGGAAAUCGAGCAUUGGGGUUCUCGAGCUUGGGAUUAUUAGCGCAGCUGGGUUGUCGCCGAUGAAAAUAAAGGAAGGGCGCGGGACGACGGAUGCAUUCUGUGUUGCCAAGUACGGGCCGAAGUGGGUCCGGACGAGGACAGUCAUCGACAGUGGGUACCCCAGGUGGAACGAGCAGUACACGUGGGAGGUUCACGACCCGUGCACGGUUGUCACAGUCGGGGUUUACGACAACGGCUAUUUGCAGGGCGGGAAAGACUCGUGCGUCGGGAAGGUCAGGAUCCGUCUCUCGACCCUCGAGACCGAUCGGGUGUACACGCACUCGUAUCCGCUGGUUGUGCUGACGCCAUCGGGUGUGAAGAAGCGAGGGGAAAUCCAGCUGGCAGUGAGGUGCUCGUGCAUUUCAUACCUCAACAUGCUGCAUAAGUACGGCCAGCCGUUGCUCCCAAAGAUGCACUACUCGCACCCGCUCUCGGUGGCCCAGCUCGAGUCCCUCAGGUAUCACGCGAUUCAAAUAGUCUCGUCCAGGCUGGGCCGAGCCGAGCCCCAGUUGAAGAAGGAGGUCGUUGAGUCCAUGCUCGACUUCGGGUCACACAUGUGGAGCGUGCGCAAGGCGAGGGCGAAUUUCUUGAGGAUCACGAGCGUCUUGGGCGGGGCCCACGCGGCCGCCAGGUGGUUCAACCAUAUCUGCCGGUGGAGGAAUCCGGCGGCCACUGUCCUCGUCCACGUGCUCCUCGUGAUUCUCGUCAUCUUCCCAGAGCUUGUGUUCCCGACCUUCUUUCUCUACCUCGGCUUCGUUGGGAUUUGGAACUACCGGUGGAGGUCCCGGCACCCGCCCCACGUGGACGUACGGCUGUCAGGAGCGGACUCCGUGGGCCCAGACGAGCUGGACGAGGAGUUGGACACGUUCCCGACGUCGAGGUCGGGGGACGUGGUGCGGAUGAGGUACGAUCGGCUGAGGAGCGUCGGGGGGAGGGUGCAGGCUGUGGCCGGUGACAUGGCGACGCAGGGGGAGAGGGUCGGGUCGCUGCUCAGCUGGCGGGACCCGCGGGCGUCGGCGCUGUUCGUCGUGUUCUGUUUCCUUGCGGCAGUGGUGACGUAUGUGACGCCGGGUCGGUUGGUGGUGCUGGCGCUGGGGUUUUACGUGCUGAGGCAUCCGAAGCUGAGAAGUAAGGUACCGUGGUCGGGUGCUAAUUUCUUCAGGCGGCUGCCGGCCAUGACUGAUCUCAUGCUGUAA